AUGGCCAUGGUGACAUCCGCCAGCGUACCCGCUGACCCAGCCGAGACGCGUAACGCCACGGAGGAGGAUGGGAGCGACUUGGCCACCGAUGUGAAUGAGUGGGAUGAAGUGGAGCUUCCAGUCGCCUUUUCUUCUGCCAAGAAGCAGGAGGAAAGUGAAAGCAGCAGUUUAGUCAAGAAGGGUCUGACUGACGACGGCGAAGGUGAGGCGGUGAAGCACGAGACCACUUACGCGGUUUCAACUGUCAAGACAGAGGUAACGACUACCAAAAGAGGUGAGGCAGUUACUGUAAUAUCGAGUAGCGUGAAGGAGGAACUUGUGAACGUGGACGGGGAGGAGACUGCGAGUAAUCGGCCCCUGAUGGAAUGGGCGCAACUGCCGCUUGUGGGACGGCCGCGCGCUUCGGAUACAUGGCGGCAGCGUGACCCAGCUUAUGAGGCCAUGAUGGAGCAGAGGGAUUUGCUAGCCGCAAAGCGUCGCUCAGAGCGCAUUCAGCGCGUCUGCGAGUCGCUCUUCGCACUUCUGGCUGUUUUCAUUCGAGCCCGUCUACUCUGGCGCGAGUCGUGUCAUCCCGGUUUCGUUAAACGGCUUCUGCAGCUCCAUGUGCCACGCGGAAGGGGCCCGAAGCGCUCACGCUGCGAAGAUCCUUCCAGAAAGGCAACAAGUGCUUACGUUUUUCUCAAAGCAGUAGCCACCGCAAAGGUGCUGGUGGCAGAGUCGAUGAAGCCGCCGCAUCGCAAACCCUCGCUCGCCCCCGCAUGGGUGACGUGCGCGAAAGACGCGGUGCAGAAUAACACCUCGGCGGCCGUGAAUGUACUCAUCAAGAUCAUCAACGACCACUUCAAGUUGGAGGCACCGGCGGCUCCAGCUUCGUCGAGUGGACGUGGGACAUCUGUUGGCGCCGCGGCGUACAGUGUUGCUCCCUCGUCUGCAGAGCAAGACUUUUCCGACUGGUCACUACCUGUCAAACCAGGGUUUCUCUGCACGAAGAUAGCAGAGUGUCAUUGCCGUGUCUCCGCGGAUGCGCCCCUCGAGUUGCCCCAUCCUCUUUACUUUUCCCUUGUGUUUCUGGCAUUGGCGCGCGUGGCGGGGCUGAGCUGCCGUCUUGUGGUGGCGAAGCUAGCCAAGACGCAGCUGGAGAGGGGCCGCGCAGCGGGGCCUGCCGGAGGCGCUGCCAAUGGGUACAACGACUCACGUGAGGGCGGGGACAAUACCGCAGACGGUGAGUGGGAAGAAACGACGCGCCGACCGCUGCGAGUUCUUUCCAUUUUUGAAGGCCGCGAGAAGCGCAAGGCAUCCCGUCGCACCGACGCCAGUGAGGCUGUUCGAACGGGCAAGGGGUCGAAGCGACAGCGGCCCUCAGCAGGGUCGGCAGAAGACACCAAAGACAGUGAGGAGCUCAAGUCAAAGAAACUCCUCACUUCAUGCUACUGGGUGGAGGUGUGGUCCGCGGAGCGCGAGAGCUUCCUUUCUGUCAACCCGUGCCAAAGCUGUGCCACACUCUGGGGUGCAUCGUACACGUUGUCAGUCUCUGGUCACGUGGCGGUGGACGCGACGCCGCGGUACAUCUCCAAGUACAGCGCCGCAUACGCCUACGGUCGUCGCCUCGGCACCUGUCGGCAGCACCGAUUCCUGUGGCACGACGAACUCGCCUGGGAUGACACCCGUGAGCUGUCUGAGGUGCUGCGUGCUACCUUCAACGUGGCUGCGCCACACACGAGCUCGCUGGCGCAGCGGCAGCAGCACCGGGAGAGCCGGCAGCUACACUCCCUCAUGUACUCGGAGGCCGUGCCCACAACGCUGAAUGCUCUUCACCGCCACCCACUCUAUGUGAUAGACUCCGACCUUGCGCGGCAUGAGGGGGUGUACCCAAAGGAUGCAAGCACGACCGUGGGAAGCGUGAAGGGUCGCCUGGUGUACAAGCGUUCCGCCAUCGUGAGUCUGCGGUCUCGCGACGGGUGGUUGCGCGAGGGACGCAGCCUGCUCACGGAGGACCAGCCAGCGUACAAGGUUGUGGCACCACCCACCUCUCGUCCGUUCGCGGCACCGUCGACACUCUACGGUCGUUGGCAAACGCAGCCAUUCGAGCCACUGCCACUCACUGCAGGCGAUCCUCCGAGCAUUCCACAUCACGGGCGGACGUCGUGGUACAUCUUACUCGACAAAGCCCCGCCACAGGGAAUUGUGCACAUGACCCAGCCCCAGAUAUCUCGGGUGGCGCGCCGCAUGAAGCUCGACUUCCGCUUGGCUGUGGUUGGUUUUGAGCGCCGCCGCACCGACGAGCACCGCCGCGGGCACUGGGAGACCGUCAUCAACGGCAUCGUUGUCAAGGAAACUGACAGCGUCGCACUCCUUCGCGCCUACGAGGAGUGGGUGCUGCUGGUGCAGGAGCAGGAGGCGACGAAGCGAAGACAGCGUGCGUUCCACUGGUGGCUUUUGCUUGCGCAGCGUCUUCUGGCGUUAAAACGACUGCAGAAUCAGUACGCCAAAGGGCUCGGCGCCGGCGCGAUGCCGACGCAGUGA